AUGGUUGUCUUAAAAGUGAAACGCGGCGACGAGACGCUCUUUCUGUACGAGACUAACGUGGGCGAGAAGACCGACUCGGUUAUUCGUGAUCUGGUGGCCAUCUACAACGGUCAGCUGAAGGUGCAGCGCGUUUGCAUGGAAAUUGAGGAGCUGGCCGAGCACGGCACCAUGCUGCCCAGCGAAAUGAUUGGCCUCAACGACGAUCAGAUCGAGGAGCUCAAGCUGAAGGAUAUCUGGGCGGACAAGUGCAUCCCUUCCGGAGGGUUCACCUUCAACAAGGAUCCGAUGUUGCGCCGCAACGGGCAGCAGCCCAACGAGGCCAUGGGCAAGGUCCUGGCCAAUACCAUAACCAAAGCCAAGGCCAUGAUAGAUAAGAACCUGGCCAAGUCCUCAAAGACUCUGUCCCUGAAGGCGGUUCAGGAGGCCAUCAAUCUGCUGCGUGGUGCCGUGACCAUCGUGUACCCCAUGCAGUUGCCACCGCACGACACCAUACGCAUGGAGUUCACCAACACCGAGGAUCUGAGUGGUACUCAGGCCUCCAAGGAGGUCAUCGAGCCAUCCAAGGCUCAGCUCUGGUUCGCCGGCCGGCAGAUAUUCAUGGGAAAGCUACUCAAGGACUACUUGGGCAACAAUGACAAGACCACGGUGGUGGUCAAGCUCAAUCAGUUGGGCGAGGGCCCACCGGGCCGCGAGGCUGUCAUCUCCGAGCAGAUGCGUCGCCAGAUGAUGGCUGACUCCUUCCGCCGCCAGGAGGAGCUCAAGGUAAGAGCAAUUUUCAUUUUGUAG